GUCAAUGUCAAAGUGAAGUCUUCAUCUGCAGACGAUGACCGAAUGAGACAGAAAAAACAAUUUUAACACACAUCAAAAUCAUGUUACACUCAUUCAAGAAAAUGCAAAGUUUUUAAGUAAAACCAGUCAUAAUUAUUAGUGAUUAAGACACGACUUAGUUUUGCUUGAAUAUUUUGGAUUUUGGUGUUAUUUUUAAAUUUUUUACAUAAGUUUUAUUUGAAAACGAAAACUGAUUGGUGUGAGGUGUGUGAGAUAAAGGUUGUGAGGUAGAAGUUCCAAGUUAUGUCUAACUACGGUCGUUUUGGCGCUCUUCUGGGUACAAUUUACAUUGGUCACACUCAUUGCAAAUUUUUGGUAUAUGCAGCUCGAAAUGCCGAAGUGUUGACAUGCCAUGAAGUCCAACUGAAGGAGAUAAACACUCAACAAGGCUGGGUCGAAAUUGAUCCGCUGGAGAUAUGGCAGAAUGUGCUCGAAUGCAUUCAAGUGGCGGUGCAAAAUUUAAAAAUCCUAGACAUUAAUCCGGAUGAUAUUUGUGCUUUAGCACUGACUAAUCGACGUGAUACAACCGUACUGUGGCACAAAGUAACCGGACGGCCACUCUAUAAUGCCAUAGCUUGGAAUGACUGCCGUACAACAGCAAUUAUCGAGCGAAUUCUCACCAAAAAUCAUAACAAAGUCAAUUUAUUGAAAUCAAUCUGUGGUUUGCCAUUCAGUAAUUGUUUUAGUAGCCUAAAAUGUCGGUGGCUGAUAGAAAAUGAGGCAUCAAUUAAAGAAGCCGUGCAGAGAGAUGAGUGCUAUUUCGGUACAUUGGACACGUACAUCCUGUGGAAUUUGACGGGAGGCUUAGAAGAUGGUGUCCAUUGUACCGAUGUGACAAAUGCGUCACGAACAAUGCUUAUGAACCUGAAAACGCUCGACUGGGAUGUGAAACUUUGUCAGUUUUUCCAAAUACCUAUGUCAAUAUUGCCGCGAAUCAGAAGCAGUGCGGAGAUUUUCGGUUAUGUAUACGAUGGACCGUUGAAAGGAAUUCCCAUUGCGGCAUGUUUGAGUGAACAAAGCGGUGCUUUGCUUGGGCAAAUGUGCAUACGACCACAGCAGGCUACGUGUUAUUAUGAUGAUGGAUGUAAUUUACUUGUCAAUACUGGCCAAGAAAUCAUCGAUUCUGACAAUGGACUGCUCACGACAGUUGCUUAUCAGCUUGGCUCAAAGAAAAAGCCAUUUUAUGCGCUGGAAGGUUCUGUUGCGCAUGCCGGGUCGGCAGUUGCUUGGUUGAAAGAUAACCUCUCUUUGAAAGAUGAGGUGGCUCCGAAUUCAAAUCAAACAGUGGCCAAUGGAGCUACACUUGUACAAACUUAUCUAGGAGAAUCAUCGGUGCUCUCGACAUAUAGUUCCGGUUCGAAUCUUGGCACAUUGACCGCCAUUGAUAAUACCAACACAUUGACAAAUGUUGUAUUUGUUCCUGCAUUGAACGGACUAUAUGCACCGUAUUGGAAACACAAUGCCAGCGGAUUAUUCUUUGGUCUCAACAAUCGAACGACUGCUUAUCAAGUAAUGCUUGCUGCAUACGAAGCAAUCUGUUUUCAAACGCGUGAUCUAAUCGAGGCAGUUGUAAAAGAUGUGCCAUCAUGGAAUCCCAUCGAACGCUUAACGGUUGGAGGGGAGUUCAGUGAAAAUGCAUUCCUCUUGCAACUUUUGGCUGAUUUGUGUGGCAUUCGCAUUGAACGGCCGCAAACCUCAUUCUCAGCGUGUCUGGGAGCCAUGAUUGCGGCUGGAUCGACUAUGGAGAUUUUGCAUUUAGAAAAAUCCACUUCAAUGUUCACACCGCCCAUUGAAAUAUUUCAACCAACGAUGUGUGCUAGCACCAAAGAUAUGAAGUACCGAACGUGGAAAUUUGCCAUUUCAAAAUGCAUCGCCUGGCAGGGCACACAGUACGAUAGUUCAUUUAAAGAUUUCGUCUAUGAAGACAAAGAUCCCGAUAUUCAAGUGCGCUGCUCAAUACCUGGAACCGUAUUUCUCAUAUCUUCCGUUGCUUUAGUUCUAAUAACCAAAUUUCUUCAAAAUAACACCUAAAACAUGACACAUAUACAUGGAGAAAGGGAAAAGACAUUUGUUCUCACCCCAAAAUGCUGUACAUUUUAUGUCAUUUAGUUAGAAGUUUAGUGAGUUGUAUAGAUAGAAUGAUUCCAAGUAAACGAUAUCUAGUCAACUCAUUAGUUGUUUCAUUGUUGUUAUCAGUCAGGCGAUGAAGGCAAUGUAUUUAAUAAAACAUUGAAAAUAUGAACUACAUAAA